GGGUUUCUAUGGGAUUCUGGAAGCAUCUAUGGGGUUCCAGAAGCAUCUAUGAGGUUCCUAUGGGGUUUCUAUGGGGUUCUAGAAGCAUCUAUGAGGUUCCAGAAGCAUCUAUGGGGUUCCAGAAGCAUCUAUGAGGUUCCUAUGGGGUUUCUAUGGGGUUCUAGAAGCAUCUAUGAGGUUCCUAUGGGGUUCCUAUGGGGUUCUACCAACAUCUAUGGGGUUCCAGAAGCAUCUAUGAGGUUCCUAUGGGGUUUCUAUGGGGUUCUAGAAGCAUCUAUGAGGUUCCUAUGGGGUUCCUAUGGGGUUCCUAUGGGGUUCUACCAACAUCUAUGGGGUUCCAGAAGCAUCUAUGGGGUUCUGACAGCAUCUAUGAGGUUCCUAUGGGGUUUCUAUGGGGUUCUAGAAGCAUCUACGGGGUUCCAGAAGCACUCAUGGGGUUCCAGCUGCAUCCAGAAGCUUCUGGAGACACCUCCAACUGCCCGAGGCCGCCGCUCCUCACCUCUCCUGGUAGUGCCUCCCCGAGCCCGACCUCUCCAGCCACCCAUCCUGUCCCUCCAGCACCACCCUGAGCACCGAGUCGGUGGCCCUGGACAUGGUGGCCGUCACCUUGACGGGCCCGGCGCUGACGCUGGCGCUGCCGUGGCCCUUGCCCAGGGUGACACGGUGGAACUGGAGGUCCACCUCGGAGCUGGAGUAGGAACCCCCGGCGUUCCUGAGGUUCUGGAUGUGUCUGCGGGGUUCUGGAGGUUUCUAUGGGGUUCUGGAUGUGUCUAUGGAGUUCUAGAAGCAUCUGUGAGGUUCCUAUGGGGUUCCUAUGGGGUUCUACCAACAUCUAUGGGGUUCCAGAAGCAUCUAUGGGGUUCUGACAGCAUCUAUGAGGUUCCUAUGGGGUUUCUAUGGGGUUCUAGACGUUUCUAUGGGGUUCUGACAGCAUCUAUGGGAUUCCAGAAGCAUCUAUGGGGUUCUAGAAGCAUCUAUGGGGUUCCUAUGGGGUUCCUAUGGGGUUCCUAUGGGGUUCUACCAACAUCUAUGGGGUUCCAGAAGCAUCUAUGGGGUUCUGACAGCAUCUAUGAGGUUCCUAUGGGGUUUCUAUGGGGUUCUAGAAGCAUCUACGGGGUUCCAGAAGCACUCAAUGGGGUUCCAGCUGCAUCCAGAAGCUUCUGGAGACACCUCCAACUGCCCGAGGCCGCCGCUCCUCACCUCUCCUGGUAGUGCCUCCCCGAGCCCGACCUCUCCAGCCACCCAUCCUGUCCCUCCAGCACCACCCUGAGCACCGAGUCGGUGGCCCUGGACAUGGUGGCCGUCACCUUGACGGGCCCGGCGCUGACGCUGGCGCUGCCGUGGCCCUUGCCCAGGGUGACGCGGUGGAACUGGAGGUCCACCUCGGAGCUGGAGUAGGAACCCUUGGCCAUGCGCUCGUAGGUGCUCUCCAGGGGGUUCAAGUGGGCUUUCUCCAGGGACAGCUCCAAGCCCAGCUCCGUGGAGAACUUGUUGUAGUCGAUGGGGUUGGAGAAGUAGAUGGCCAAGGUGAAGGACUCGGAUUCGUAGACCAGGAUCCCGGCCACGCCCCAGAAGGGGAAGCUACCCGGGAAGGUGCAGCUGUCCCUGGAGCCGGGGGACAGCUCGUGGAGGGGCGGAGACGAGCAGCGGCCGCACUCCAGGAAGGUCCUGGGGGCAGGAACGGGCUGGGGUCAGCAGGAGAAACCGGUGGGAUCAGGGGGAGAAGCUGGUAGGAGCAGGGAACGUUGGUGGGAUCAGGGGGAGAACAUGGUGGGACCAGCAGGAGAUGUUGGUGGGACCAGGAGAUGUUGGUGGGAUCAGGAGACAUUGGUGGGAUCAGGGAACGUUGGUGGGAUCAGGAGACGUUGGUGGGACCAGGAGAUGUUGGUGGGAUCAGGAGAUGUUGGGAUCAGAUGUUGGUGGGAUCAGGAGAUGUUGAUGCAAUCAGGAGAAGCCGUGG